AUGUCGUGCCAAUCGAGGCCGCUCGUCCAACCACCGCGCUGUGCCGCUUCAUGCGAAAGGCUAGCUCGCAGACACUUCACCUCGACAAUCAACGCACGCUCAGCACCCGGCCCCGCAUCUUCAGGCUCGAGCCUGAAGCCGUACUACGUGACGACACCUAUCUUUUAUGUAAACGCAGAUCCACAUAUCGGCCAUCUGUAUUCGGAUGUUAUCGCCGACGUUCUCGCACGCUACCAUGGGUACAUGAACUCCGGCUACUCGGCAUACGAUCGCAACGGACGCCCUGUCAGCGCAGACUCAUACGGACUGCAAGCCCGUGUCGCUCAGCAAUCGCCGGUAUCGCCAAUAUUCAGCACGGGAACGGACGAGCAUGGGCUGAAAGUGCAAAAGGUAGCCGAGGCGGCGGGCGAAGACCCAAGGGCCCUUUGCGAUCGCAUCAGCCAGCGAUUCCGCCACCUUGCAGACGCAGCCAACGUGGACUUUUCCACGUUCAUCCGCACCACAGAUGCGGACCAUGCAGUGGCGGUCGAGCAUCUGUGGCGCACGCUGCGCGAACGCGGCCACAUUUACCAGGGCAGCCACGAGGGGUGGUACGCGGUGUCGGACGAGGCGUUCUAUCCGGAGACGCAGGUGCGCAAGGUGGUUGUCGACGGUCAAGAGCAGAUGCAGAGCAUCGAGACCGGCGCCAAAGUCGAAUGGAGCCAGGAGGUCAACUACAAGUUCCGCCUCUCAGCGUUUCAGCAGCCGCUCAUCGACUGGCUCCGUGCGAACCCGACCGCCAUUCAGCCUGCGCAACGACACGCGCAGGUCUUGCAGGAGAUCGAGUCUGGCUUGGCGGAUUUGUCGAUCUCACGACCACGCUCGCGUCUCUCAUGGGGCAUCCCUGUACCCGAUGACGCGGAUCACACGAUCUACGUGUGGGUCGACGCACUCACAAAUUACCUCACCGUCACGGGCUAUCCAGCCUGGGCGAAUGAUGCGAGCAAAGAGUCGUCGGCUGUGGAACGUAGUGCAUGGCCUGCCGAUGUGCACGUGGUGGGUAAGGACAUUCUGCGCUUCCAUGCGAUCUACUGGCCCGCGAUGCUGCUCGCUGCGGGGUUGCCUCUGCCAAAGACGAUUGUAGCACAUUCGCACUGGACCAUGAACCGUGCCAAGAUGUCCAAGUCGCGCGGCAACGUCGCCAACCCGUUCGAGGCCAUCGACAUGUUUGGCGUCGACACGCUGCGCUUCUUCCUCAUGCGCGUCGGCGGCAACCUCGGCGCGGACUCGGAUUACAAUCCUGCCGUGCUUGUCGAGUACCACCGCAAGUACCUGCAGGGCCAGCUUGGAAACCUCGUUUCGCGCAUCUCGGCGCCCAAGAUUCAUGCCGGCCUCGCCGAUUCUCCGCGCGAUGAGAAGGGCGUGCUGCUCCGGCCCUCCGCCGAAGAUGUGCGCGCGGUGCUCGAUCAGGAGACGUACGCGCUGUGCGAGCGGCUCGAGGAGGAGCUCAAGCAGCUGCCCGGCAAGGUCGACGAGCUCAUGCAGGCAUUCGAGCUAGCCAAGGUACUCGAGCUUGUAUUGGAGACCGCUGUAGGCACGGCCAACGAGAUGGUGCAGCGCAUCGAGCCGUGGAACGCCGCCACCCCUGUUGCUGCCGUGAGAGAGGCCGUCGUUCUCACGACCGAGACCCUCCGCAUUGCUGCGCUGCUCCUGCAUCCGUUCAUGCCCACCAAGAUGACUCAGCUGCUCGAUGCACUCCUCAUCCCACAAAACCUCCGCACGAGUUCAAAACAUCUCGUGAGGCAAGACGUCAACGGCCGCCUCGUCUCCCACGCCCGCUGGCGCGACCCGGCGCAGCCCAAGGUCGAGCCACUCUUUCCCAAGAUCCAGCCCGACCCGACAACAAAAGCCUGA